UGCUGUUAAUGGCGGAGCUACGAGAGGUUAUGAUGGGAAUAGUAAUAGAUGUCUUGUUAUUGAGAAAGCUUUAUUAGGGAAAACGUGAAAAACCCAGCUUUCGUUACAGUUUCAGUUUAAAGUCAUGGAGGCCUCAGAAUUUGUGAAGGCGUUUCAGGGAUUCUGACAGUUUCAGACUAUCUUCAUUGCUUGGCUUUUUCUGUCAGAUGCACAAAAAUUCUUGCUCUGCAAUAGCAAGUGGUUUUUGAGUGGUAUCGCUCUUUCCUAUCCCGUUUUGCAGUUGAAGUGUUUGGAUCACAGAACAAGAGCUUGUAUAUGCUGAUGAUGAAAAGAUCAAGAGCAGUGACAAAACCAGCUUUAAUGGCUGACCAGAGCUGUCACCAAUCAUCUCCUAAGCAUAAGUAUGAUAGAGUUAUUCAAUCCCUCUUCGGUUCACCCAAAUUUAAAGACCUUACCACCAAGUGUCUCUCAAGGGCCGAGGCUUUAAGAAUCCCUACUUCAAUCUUUGACUCUAUGUUAUUGCCUCCUUUCGGGACAUUCUCCCCCAGAAUUUCCUCCGAAAAGAAAAGCUCAUGGAACAAGAUAGAUUCGAGAGGCAUUGGGCUCGCUCUCGUUGAUGCACUUAAAGAUGAGGGAGCUGAAGAAAAUUCUGAUAAACCCAGCAAUGGAAAUGUUCUGUUUGGAACACAACUGAGAGUAAAAAUCCCUCCUUUAUCACCUUUUACAUUUUCUCCGUUUGAAUCUCAAACAAGUUCGACUGGUGUGGGAAUUGAAACCCAAAACUCGCUUGUAUCGCCAACUGGGUCUCAAAGUUCAGAAAUUUAUACAGAGGAUUCUUCAAGGGCAGUAUCCACAGGUGUUCUGUCUUUGAGUGAAAUGGAGCUUUCUGAAGAGUAUACUCGUGUAAUAUCCCAUGGUCCUAAUCCAAGAACCACUCAUAUAUUUGAUAAUUGCGUUGUCAAGAGCCAUUGUUCUUUGCCUGGAAGGCCCCAGUCUGCUCCGGGGAGUUUCCUCAGCUUCUGUUACACUUGCAAGAAGCAUCUUGAGCCCACAAACGACAUCUUUAUUUACAGAGGUGAGACAGCCUUCUGCAGUCAUGAAUGCCGGUGCCAAGUGAUGAUGGUGGACAUAGAAGAAAAUUCGAAAUCUGAGAUUUAUCAUCCCUCCUGAUUCAGAAUUUGAUCAGCAAGUCAGAAGUUUUGCCUCUUCCAUUUUUUAUUAUGAUUCUGGAGUUCGAGAGUUUUUGUCGUGGAGGCAAUGCUUAUGUUGUCUUACUUUUGUUUGUUUGAAAUUUUCCGAGUCUUGUUUUCAUUUUUCUUUACCUCUUCUCCCCUGCAUAUAGAGACAAUAAGUGUUCGUGUUUGAAUUGCUUAUGGUUUUCCCCCACAUUGUUUUGGAUUCAGGAUGGAUGAUGAUGAUUGAUAACGAUGCGUGACCGAAACUCUGGUUUUCUUCUUUUCCUUUUGUGUUGUUGCUGAUGAUCAUGGUGAUGCAGAUUAUUGGAGGACAAGUAACUACAUGGUAUUCUCAUAAA